AUGGAUUACUUGCAAAACAAAGUAAACCACUUAAAGAUCAUUAUCUUCGACCUGGACUUCACUCUAUGGCCUUUCUAUGUGGAGGACUACAAAACUGGGCUACCGUUCCACACAGAUAUCAAUGGCCUCCACAUUGCGAGAGUCGACACAUCCGGGCGCCCACUCGACGGCUAUUACCCUGAAGUGCCGGUAAUACUACAAACACUGUCAGCAUUAGGCUAUACGUUAGCCGUGGCCUCCCGGACCCCGUGGGCUGAAGGGGCGCAACAACUAUUGAAACUGUAUGAUUGGGACAAGUAUUUCACGUAUAAACAAAUGUACCCAGGGUCCAAAUUGGCACAUUUCGAUAAGAUUAGGCGUCAAAGUGGCGCAAAAUUGUCAGAAAUGCUGUUUUUCGACGAUGAGAUCCGCAAUAUUAAGGACCUCCGAGGGGUCGGAGUUCACAGUGUUUUGGUCACCGAUGGUAUCGAUAAGUGUGUGGUCAUGGAUGCCAUUAAAGCUUUUGUAGCGGAACGGGAGUUACUAGUACAAGAAAAUUAA